CAACAACCAAAACAAAACCUUUCUCUUGUGUGCCACUGAAACUCCAGUGCAGUGCGGAAACUUAAUGCGAAUCUUUCGCAAAUUGUCGGACCGUUUCUUGUGCAAACAACAAGAAGGAAGCAAGCAAGCAAGCAAGCAAGACGAAGAGAACACACACACACGUGGAACACCAGCACAGACACAAGCAACGGAGCGAGCAAGUGGUGAGCACUGACGCUGGUGUCCCCAUCCUUUCCUGUUGACACUCUGCACACGCACCGUGACCGUGACCGUGAUGAGUGAGUGGGAGCUUCACGAGGCAUGUGCCUCUGGUGAUGUUGCUGCCAUUGACAAGCAACUGAAGACCGGCACAAGCCCGUCCGCAACCAACGUCUGGGGCAUGACGCCGCUCCAUACGGCGAGCCUGCACGGCAAAGUGUCGGCCGUUGAGCUACUGCUGCAGCACAAGGUCAAGGUCGACGCUCAAGACAGCAAGGGGUGGACGCCGCUGCACUGCGCGAGCGGCAAUGGCCAUGUCGACGUUGUCCGCAUCCUUCUCAGCCACCAUGCCAAGGCCACCAUCACCGACAAGACGAACAAGACGCCGCUGCACCUGGCGGCCAUGAACGGCUGCACAGAUGUCAUUGAUGCCCUCGGAAAAGCAACCAUCGCCGCCACCACCGCCAACGGUCGGACUGCGCUGCACCUGGCGUCGUUCUUUGGCCACGCCGCCGCCGUGCGGGCGCUCACUGCUCGCGGGGCCCCCGUGAACGCCGUCGACAACAACGGCGACACCCCGCUGCACGACGCGCGGACGGGCGGCCACGACGACACGGCCGCUGCGCUCAUAUCCGCCGGCGCAGACACCACCGCAGAGAACGACCAGGGUCUGGUGCCUGGCGACUGCGCCCCGAGCGUGACGGUGCCGCCGGUGAAGCCGACCGCGGCCAUGCCCACGUCAUCGUCCCCCUUUGGCAAGCCGUUUGCACUCACGCAACACAAGCACUCGCCAUCGUCAGCAGCAGCAACAACACCAAUAACAGCAGCAGCACCACUAUCAACAUCGCCUUUUGCAGCGACAACGGGGGCGCAGUUCACGACAGCGGCACCGUCGGCGGGUGUGACGUCUGGGCUUGGGUUUGGUCUCGGCAAGGCGAUGCAGUCGAUGAUCAGCACGAAGCAGCAGAAGGAGGAGGAGAGGAGGAAGAAGAUGGAGGAAGAAAAGGCAGCAGCAGCCAAGAAGCAGCAGCAACAGCAGCAACAGCAGCAGCAGCAGCAGCAGGCUGUUGUUGGUGGUGGUGAUGAUGAUGACAAGCCCAAGCUUUCCUUCAACUUUGCCGCCGCCAAGUCGUCGUUUUCGUUCUCCCCGAAGCCAUCCACACCACAGCAGCAGCAGCAACAACAGCAGCAGCAGCAGCAACAACAACAACAGCCGAAGCCAGGGCUGUUCAAGACCGCGCCUGGGUUCACCACGUCAUCGCCGUUUGCAGCCAAGCCAGCGACAUCCUUCUCCUCCCCUUUUGCUGCGUCAUCCCCAUCUACUACAAAGCAGCAGCAGCAGCAGCAGCAGCAGCAGCCGAAGCCAGGACUGCUUGGUUUCAAACCAGCAACAACAGCGCCUAUGACGAAGGCAACCCCGCCAUCAUCAUCGUCGUCGACGUCGCUGUCGUUUUCGUCCACGCCUGCGCUGUCAUCGGGCUCGUCCCCGUUUACGGGCGGCACACCCGCGUUUUCGUUUGGCAGCAAACCGUCCACGACACCAGCAACGCCAGCCGCACGCACUGGUGCUGGUGUUGGUGGUGGUGUUGGCUUUGGCAAGGGCACCACCAUCACACCCACGACGCCAACCACGGCUUCGAUCACUGCUUCAACACCCACCAGCAGCAGCAGCGGUGGCGGUGGCGGUGUGUUUGGCGGGCUGAAGCUGUCGCCUGCGUUUACGGCAGCAAGUGGUAGCCUGUCGCUCGGCAAGCCGUUCACGCGAAGCGUGGAGGUGGAUGAUGACGACGACAGCGACGACAGCGACGAGGAUGAGGAGGAGGAGGAUGAGGGGGAUGAUGAUGAAGAGGAGUGGGGUGAUGUUGUUGUUGCGGAUGAUGAUGAGGCUGAGGAAGAAGGCGAGGAGUUGAGUGACGAGAGCGACACGACUGAAGACGUUGAAGACGAUGAAGAUGAAGAAGAGGAAGAUGAAGAGGAUGAACUUGAAGAGUAUGAGGGCGACACACAAGGCGACGACGACGACGAGGAUGAGGAUGAGGAUGAUGAUGAUGAGGAUGAGGAGGAGGAAGACGACGACGACGACGACGAAUACGCAGAGUAUGAAGACGAGGAUGACGAAGAUGAAGACGAAGAGGAUGAGGAUGAGGAAGGGGAUGGUACUGUGAAUGCGAGCUUUGGCAGCGCGACACCUGGCCAGUUUUCGUUUGCUUCUGGCGGCUGGAUCUCGCCCGCCCAGAAGACCACGCCGCCAUCGUCGACAACCACGACGCCAGCGUCGUCUAUGAGCAAGAGCGGGCUGUUUGGAAUGAAGUCUGCAGCCAGCACUCCCGGCACAAAGCCGUUUAGCUUCGGCAACAAGACCACUGGCAGCGGUGGUGGUAGCCUCUUCUCCUCCCCAUCCUCCACCACCGGCACGACGACGACGACGACGACACCGGGCCAGUCGCUGUUUGGCGGGAAGUUCACGCCAAAGGGCACGAGCCUGUCUGCAGGCAUGAGCUUUGGCAGCGGUGGCAGCAGCACCAACAGCAGCAGCAAACCCACAACGCCAGUCUCCUUCCCCGCCACCACCACCAGCACCACCAGCAGCACCACCAGCAGCAAGGUUGCAACCCCAUCAACAUCGACGACCGCAGCCAAGGCGACACCGACGACCACGCCAUCGUCACUGUCGUCACCUCUGUCGUCGUCUGCCAAGGGGCCAACAGCAUUUGGCAAGGGCCUCUUCAGCAACAGCAGCGGUGGUGGUGGUAUGAAGCCUUCGCCGCUGUUUGCCAACCGCUACACAGCACAAAGCAAGCAGCAGCAGCAGCAGUCGCCUGACAAGAACGCAAACAAGUGAACACGUUGAUGACCCUGGCGCCUCUUCUGGUUUGUUUUGUUUUGUGUGAGGGUGCGUGUGUGCGUGUGUGUGUGUGUACUUGUGUGUGCGUGUGUGUGUGUGUGUGUGUG